AUGAGCUCGGGACGUGGGAUUAGGACCGCCGGUGGGAGAUCCGGUGACGGGCCCAGCGAUGCAUCGCCAUUCAUCAAGCCGGACAGGAUGCGCAGGAACUUCCUGAGGAACAGGCGGAACAAGAACAUCAUGGUGAAGAAGAACGACCCUGAGGACAUAGAGUCCCGCGAGAAGAUGAUGCUGAUGGGCGGUGUCGAGGGUGUCAAGCAGGAGGAAGUCAAGCCAGACCUGAGUGCGCUGAAGGACAAGGAUAACGAGGUGUACAAUGAGUUCCCCUUGCGAGCAGUGAGCAGAGAAGCUCUGGAAAACAUGAGGACGCACUUGCUAAAGUUCCAGAGCAAGAAGAGGAUCCAGCCAACGGAAAACUUCCAUUUGCCUGUCAGAUUGCACAGAAAGGAUACCAGAAACUUGCAAUUCCAACUGACAAGAGCAGAAAUCGUGCAGAGACAGAAAGAAAUCGCAGAGUACAAGAAGAACCAAGACGGUUCCAAUGCUCAAAACAUGACAAAGCCAAAGACAACCCCGGCUGCUUUGACUGAUCACCCUACAGCAUCCAAUGCACCAGCAGCACCUUUGGUAAACUCCUCGGCCACCAUGCCCACAGGUGCUACUCCAACAGGCCAAGUCGUUGCUAGCGCUACGCCAACGCCUCAGGUGAGUCUCGAUGAGAAACCCAUGGGUGGCCCAGUUAAUGCAGUCUCUGCUAGUGCAACACCGGGCCCUGCCACAACGAAUGGUGCUACACCAGCAAACGGCACAACAGAUCCAGCACAGCCAACUGUACCAGGUGCUACUAUACUGGAGGAUGCAGGUCCAGCUGAGGACCCCACUAAAGUCGGUCUGGUUAAGUACGACGGUAAAGAAAUGGAUAGCGCAGACCUUGCCGAGGAGCCUACAGUAGAUCCAAUGGCUGAUGUGGCCCCUGAUGGAGGUGGUAGAGCGAAGAGAGGUGGUCUGAGAAGGAAAACACGUCAAUUGAAGGUACUAGAUGAAAAUGCUAAGAAACUGAGAUUCGAGGAAUUUUACCCUUGGGUCAUGGAAGAUUUCGAUGGUUACAACACAUGGGUAGGUUCUUAUGAGGCUGGUAAUUCUGACUCUUAUGUUCUAUUGAGUGUUGAAGAUGAUGGUAGUUUCACUAUGAUUCCUGCUGAUAAAGUGUACAAGUUUACCGCAAGAAAUAAGUAUGCCACAUUGACAAUCGAUGAAGCAGAAAAGAGAAUGGAUAAAAAGAGUGGUGAAGUCCCAAGAUGGUUGAUGAAACAUUUGGAUAAUAUAGGUACGACAACAACAAGAUAUGAUAGAACUAGAAGAAAACUGAAAGCAGUUGCCGAUCAGAGAACUGCGGACGAUGAAUAUAAUCAUAGUGAUAACUCAGAAAAUGAACUUGAUUAUGAUGAAGAAUUUGCGGAUGAUGAAGAAGCACCAAUAAUUGACGGUAAUGAACAAGAGAAUAAAGAAUCUGAGCAAAGAAUAAAGAAAGAAAUGCUACAGGCAAAUGCAAUGGGUUUGCGUGAUGACGAACAAGUAUCAGAAGCAGAAGAUACUGAACUCUUUGGUGAGAAGAAGAUUGAUGAAGAAGGUGAACGUAUUAAAAAAGCAUUACAAAAAACCGAAUUGGCUGCUUUGUAUUCUUCAGAUGAAGAUGAAAUAAAUCCUUAUCUAUCCGAAUCUGAUCUGGAGAAAGAGGACGAGGCAGAAAAGGAAGAAUCAGAAGAUUCUCAGUCGAAGAAGGGCUCUCCAAAGAAACAAGAGGGGAAAUCUAGACAAGGCACCCCAUCCGCACACACCGUAAGGGAGCAAAAUAUCAGAGUUAAGAGUAUAAAGGACUGUGUAAUAGUGCUUAAGGGUAAGCCAUCAUUGCUAACUAGCUUUCCUGCUGGGGCAUGGAAUCCUAAUGCUGUAUCUUUGAAGCGUACAGCUGAUGAAGUCUCCAUUAAAAAAGAACCAGGUUCCGAAUCGCCUAAUAAAAAAAUCAAGGUUGAAAAUGGUGAAAUUCCUUUGAUUACUGAACAAGAUAUAAUAAAUGCUAUGAGUGGUGGAAAGGUUAAUGUCAAAGAGUUCGGUAAAAAGAUAAGAAAAAUGUUUCCCGGUCCAGAAAACAAGAAACUUAUGUUCGUUCUUGUUAAGAAACUAUGCCGGAAAGUGGAUGACGAACAUAUGGAACUAAAAGCAUGA